AUGGCAACACUUCCUACAUCCUAUGAUGUCGUCUGGAAAACACCAGGCGUCAAUGGCUCGGCUGAUUCGAUGCCUCUUGGUGGUGGUGAUAUUGGCUUGAAUACAUGGUAUGAGAAUGGUACCAUUCUCUUGUAUGUUGCGAAAAGUGGUACUUUUGAUGAGAACAACUCUCUUCUUAAACUCGGUCGCAUCAGACUAUCCCUAGACCCCAACCCUUUCGACAUCGACUUUGAGCAAAGGCUUGUCCUGAAUGACGGUUACGUCAAGUACACCGGAAAGGACAACGCGACUGCCAAGCUCUGGGUCGACGUAUUCAACCCUGUCGUGCACAUAGAAGUCGAGAGCUCCGAAAAGAUUUCUGCCAGUGUCGCUUAUGAAAACUGGCGAUACGAAAACCGACCCAUCGUCAACGAAGAGCGUAACCAGGGUUCCUGGGGCAUAUAUACCUCCAAGGUUGCCAAUGGGACUACAUACGCUGAUAAGAUCAGCUUCCACGAGAACGGCGUGUUGAUGAGCCACCGUAACGAGAAACUUGAUCUUUGGAACUUUCAACUUAAGCAACAGGGACUUGAGAAGUACGGUGAUGAGAUGUACAACCCCAUGCGUAACAAUGAAUUUGGUAUCUUUGUUCAUUCUGAGCAGCUCAAGCCUGGCGCCAUCUCCGACGGCCACUACGUCAACACAACUUACAAAGCUUGGAAUCUUGAAAGCAAGGCUCCUAGAAAGUCUUUCAAAGUCUCACUAUCCAUGCACCAAGCCCAGACCAAGGACCAUGACGAGUGGUACAAGGGUCUCAAGAAGGUCAUCAAGUCCGCAGUCAAGAACACCCAGGAAGCCACUCUCACCUGGUGGCACGAAUACUGGGCUCGAUCAUACAUUAUCAUAAAUGAAGACAAGGGAGAGAAAGACGCAGGGUUCCAGGUCGGGAAGAACUACCAGAUCUGGCGCUUCCUUAUGGGCUGCAACGCCAAAGGCACAUGGCCGACCAAAUUUAACGGUGGUCUCUGGACUUUUGAUCCUGUUUUUGUCAACCCUUAUCGACCUUAUACACCCGACUACAGACGAUGGGGUGGAGGCACAUUCACUGCCCAGAACCAGCGUCUGCUAUACUGGCCCCUAUUGAGAUCUGGAGACUUUGAUACCAUGACGCAGCAGUUUGACUUUUACAAGCGCAUCACUCCGAAUGCGGUUCUGAGAGGAAAGGUAUACCAGAACAUCGAUGCAGCGUAUUUCUUGGAGCAGAUUGACAACACGGGUUUGUCCAAUGUGUUUGAGUAUAAUGCCCAGUGGUAUGACGAUGAUGCCAACACACCUCGCCCAGACUUUUUUCCUCAUGGCGAGUUGUGGAACGUUUGGUUGAACCACAUGCAGGAUACUGCCAAUGAAUUCGCCGACAUGAUUCUACAGGCCAAUAUUUACUCCGGUUACGACGUCAAGCCUUAUCUCGAAUUUAUUGAGCACCAGCUCGCUUGGUUCGAUAAGUACUAUACUCGCGAAAUGCUCAAACGCAACCCUUGGCCAUUGACUGGCAUUGCUGGCAACGAGUCACUCGUCAUCUACCCUGGUUCAGCCGCUGAGACAUACAAAGAGGCAUAUAAUCCUGUCUCUACCCUGGCUGGUCUGCGCCAAGUCAUCAAAGAUCUCCUCAUCGUGGACGAGUUUGCACUUCAGAACAAGACGUACUACCAAAGAUAUCUUGACAAGAUCCCAGGCAAUACACUCCGUCAACAACAGGGACAUACAUGCAUUGCUCCUGCAGAAGCAUACACGCGUGUUCAAAACAGUGAAGUACCCCAGCUGUACACUGUCUUCCCCUGGCCUGAAUACGGCCUUGGUCUUCCCAACCUCACCUAUGCCAUCAACACAUAUCUCUAUGACACAGAGACAGUCAUUUACCAUGGCAACAAUGGCUGGAAGCAAGAUGUUAUCUGGCUUGCGCGUAUGGGCUUCACUGCAAAUGCAACAGCCAUGACAGAAGAGCGAUACGUGCCCAGCAAAGUAUGCAAGUUUCCUGUUUUCAAGGGGCCCAAUUUUGACUGGACACCUGAUCUGAACCACUAUGGGGCUGCAGCUAUCGGACUACAGGAACAACUUAUCCAGACCUUUGCAGGGGAUGAUAUUAGACUGCUUGCUGCGUGGCCUGAUAGUUGGGAUGUUCGGUUCAAGGUUUGGGCGCCACAUAAUACUACGGUUGAGGGCACUGCCAAGAAGGGUGUCAUGAAAGAAUUUGUGGUUUUGCCAGAGUCUCGCAAGAAGGAUGUCAUCAUUGGACAAGAUUAG